GCGGUGCAUUGUGGGCAGAGGGGCGGGGGUUGGGAAGAUGGCGGCUCCCAGCCUCCUCAACUGGAGGCGGGUUUCCUCCUUCACGGGGCCGGUCCCCCGCGCCCGGCACGGACACCGGGCCGUGGCCAUCCGGGAGCUGAUGAUCAUCUUUGGAGGGGGCAACGAGGGCAUCGCGGACGAGCUGCACGUCUACAACACGGUUACAAAUCAAUGGUUCCUACCAGCGGUUAGAGGAGACAUCCCUCCAGGUUGCGCUGCCCACGGAUUUGUCUGUGAUGGUACCAGAAUAUUAGUGUUCGGGGGAAUGGUUGAAUAUGGAAGAUACAGCAAUGAGUUGUAUGAGUUGCAAGCAAGUCGUUGGUUAUGGAAAAAAGUGAAACCCCACCCCCCUUCUUCUGGUUUACCUCCUUGUCCCCGGCUUGGACAUAGCUUCUCUUUAUAUGGUAACAAAUGCUAUUUGUUUGGUGGUCUGGCAAAUGAAAGUGAAGACUCAAACAAUAAUGUUCCCAGAUAUUUAAAUGAUUUCUAUGAGUUGGAGCUACAGCACGGUUCUGGUGUUGUGGGUUGGAGCAUUCCAGUGACUAAAGGGAUUGUGCCUUCUCCAAGAGAAUCCCACACAGCUGUGAUAUAUUGCAAAAAAGAUUCUGGAAGUCCUAAAAUGUAUGUCUUUGGUGGAAUGUGUGGUGCUCGCCUGGAUGAUCUAUGGCAACUUGACUUAGAAACGAUGUCGUGGUCAAAACCAGAAACUAAAGGGACGGUGCCACUUCCACGAAGCCUUCACACAGCCAGUGUUAUAGGAAACAAGAUGUACAUUUUUGGUGGAUGGGUUCCACAUAAGGGGGAGAAUAUUGAGACCUCACCUCAUGAUUGUGAAUGGAGAUGUACUAGUUCAUUUUCUUAUCUAAAUCUGGAUACAGCAGAGUGGACCACCCUCGUAUCAGAUUCUCAGGAAGAUAAAAAAAAUUCAAGACCAAGACCACGAGCUGGACACUGUGCUGUUGCAAUUGGCACUCGAUUGUAUUUUUGGAGUGGGAGAGAUGGCUACAAAAAAGCACUGAAUAGUCAAGUUUGCUGCAAGGAUCUUUGGUAUCUUGAUACUGAGAAACCGCCGGCACCAUCACAAGUACAGCUGAUCAAAGCCACUACCAACUCUUUCCACGUCAAAUGGGAUGAAGUGCCUACAGUUGAGGGCUAUCUUUUGCAGCUGAAUACAGACUUGCCACACCAAACUGCAUCAUCAGAUUCCUCACUGGCACCAAAUCUACAAGGAGUCAGAGCGGACCCUCACAGACCAGGCAGUAAUAGCACCGUUCCUAACAGUAUCAGCGAUACAACGAACAGUGCAAAAACUGAACAUACACCUAUGAAAGGAACUUCUGUGAAAAACAGACCAGAUCUCAAAGCAUCAACUGAUUUUAAUGCUGCUUUACAUCCAUCUAUGGCAACUAAUACUUCUAAUCAUAAUAGUUGUGUUGUGGAUAUGUUAAGGAAAAAUGAAGGUCCUCAUACUUCAGCAAAUAUAGGUGUUCUAAGUAGUUGCCUGGACUUAAGAACAGUAAUCCCUGAAACUUCUGUAUCCAGUUCUGUUUCCAGCGCACAAACUAUGGUAACCCAGCAGACCAUUAAAACUGAAUCAUCCAGUACAAAUGGGGCAGUUGUUAAAGAUGAAACUUCACUAACAACAUUCAGUACCAAAUCUGAAGUUGAUGAUACAUGUGCCCUGCCUGCAACUAAGAUCAGCCGUGUGGAAACACAGGCCACAGCGAUGUCAUUUUCUAAAGAGACUCCUUCAAAUCCAGUGGCCACAGUGAAAGCAGGAGAACGACAGUGGUGUGAUGUAGGAAUUUUUAAAAAUAACACAGCUUUGGUGAGCCAGUUUUAUUUGCUGCCCAAAGGGAAGCAAAGCAUCUCAAAGAUAGGAAAUGCGGACGUACCUGACUACAGUUUACUUAAGAAACAAGAUCUUGUUCCAGGCACAGGAUACAGAUUCAGGGUAGCAGCCAUCAAUGGAUGUGGAAUAGGCCCUUUCAGCAAAAUCAGUGAAUUUAAAACUUGUAUUCCCGGUUUUCCUGGAGCUCCUUCUGCAGUCAGAAUUUCAAAGGUCCUGCCCCUCUUUAGAGAAGAAAAGAUCUGCUUUCAGAAUGUUGAGGGUAUCCACCUUUCCUGGGAACCUCCAACUUCACCUUCUGGAAAUAUUUUGGAAUAUUCAGCCUACCUGGCUAUCCGCACAGCACAAAUACAAGAUAAUCCAAGUCAACUUGUGUUUAUGAGGAUUUAUUGUGGUCUUAAGACAUCAUGUAUAGUAACUGCUGGGCAACUUGCAAAUGCACAUAUCGAUUAUACGUCCAGGCCUGCCAUUGUGUUCAGGAUAUCAGCAAAGAAUGAAAAGGGAUAUGGACCAGCUACGCAAGUUCGAUGGCUUCAAGGAAUUUCCCGGUUCUGCUGCCGAUACAAAUCUGGAGUGAAUAUACAGAGCAAUAUAACUGCAGAAAAGAUGGUUCAAACUAAGAGCCGUAAUAACUGCAGGGGCCCAGGCCUAUCUGUUUCUACCAUGCGACCUUAUGCCAGGUCAGGUGGACUGAGUAGCUGUGUCCUCGAGCUUCACAUAUAAUACUCCCGGCCACGAUGGAUUUAAUUGUGCAGGAUUGAUAUAUGUGUAUGUUCCAGUUACUAAUUUAAAGUGUAUAGAAUAUUUUAAUAUAUAAUUUUUGUAAAGAACUGGGAUUUUUAUACUACAGUAUUUGUAAUUAAUGUGUCUCACUAAUUAAGUUUCUCUUGAAGAAAAUAUGCAAGCUGUUAGACACAUAAUGAGUGAUUUCCAAACUCUAAAGGUAAAAUAAAUGCACUACUCUGGUGUUAUUAGAAUACCUUUUUUGUGGCUGUAUGAAUCCUAAAUCUUUAAAUGUGUAUUUUUACAAACAAUGUUUACAAGGAGCUUCUCUGGUUUGUUGUCUCAGCACCUCCCUUGGUGAGAGCUUCAUUCUGCAUUUGUUAAAUUCAUAUGCUUUGCUUUUAGCAUAUGCUUGCUUUUUGCACUAGUAGAAUUUUAACUUACCUCAUUAUUAUGUUUGUAAUCAUUUGUAUAGCUUCCAUAAUAUGUCUGGUAUAGGCUAAACAAAUACUUAACCAAAGUUAAAAUAAAUGGUAAGCAGUUUUGCACAUAUUAAAUGCUAGGGUUUUUUGUGUAUAUUUGUGUGCUUAGUUAUAAAAAGAGUAAGAAUGAAAAGUUAUAGUAAGUAUAUGUUUCAAGUCCAAUUUAAUGAUUUAUCUGCUUUAUUAGAAAAAAGUCUGGCUUUUAACUCCUUAUUCUCUGCAUUAAUUAACAAUUUGCAUCUUGAAGCACUUCCCUUAAUGACAAGGACGAAGUUGACUUUAAGCAAAGAAUAGAAUAUUUGUUUGAGUGUGCACAUUUGUAACUAUUUAGUAUUUGGUUUAGUUUACUUUGCUUAUAUGCCUCUGUUGUGCUAUGAACCUGUGGUUCUAAAUACAUCUUAUUUUCUAGAGAGAAACGCAGUCUUGCUAUAUACCAAGGGAUUUGUGAAAAUAACAAAUGUUUUUACUUUGACAAUUAGCCCAGAUUCUGUUAUCGUUUUGUUUUGUUUUGUUUUUUGGCAUUUGUGCAUUAAGCACUGGUCAUAUUUAUUGGUGACUGAAAGAUGCCAUUGAGAGAUCUCUGUGGCUUGACAUUCAUAGUUAAUAACAGAUCUUUAAGCUGCGUGUUCAUGAAUAGAAUGUACUAGGGUAAAUAACAAGAGAAGUGCAUUUAGCUUCCUAUGAUUUGCACAUUUUCUAAGCGAAGAUCCCUUUGAGUAGCAGUGGGCUAGAUCAUGCAGGUAUCUUUCAUAUGAGGAUUUACGCUGAGUUAAAUGACUCUUUACCCCUCCUUGCUGAAUAAGCAAUUCAGAUGUACAAGCCUUUGUGCCAUAGUCCUCUACCUGGGCUCUACAACUUUGGUUCACAUAUGUAGUAAAAAGAUUUUGAUGUUGCAUGCUCUUAGAAUUAUAUUUUCUAAGAUAUUGUAUUGGCUUUGUUUUAGCUUAGUAAACUGUUUUGGCAGUUUAACUAGAAAUAGGGUAUUAUAAACUCACUGUUAUCUGCAUUAAAAAAAAAAACAAUCUGAUUGCAUGUAUGAGGCCCCCUUGCUCUAUAACCCAAUUACAUAAAUAUAAUCACCUCUAAGCAGGUGAAACUGUUGGCCUGUUAUUUCAAAGACUUGUAGUCUAGCCAAGAUUUGUUCUGGUUAGAGAUCUGGUCUAUUAUAACUGAAGGUAUUUUUAUUUUAAAAAAUUGCAGCACUUGUAGCAUCAAAAUCACUUGUAACAUUGCCUAUGAAGAGAUAAUUAGGUUGAAAGUUAUUGCAGUAAUCUGCCCAUGAAUGAAAUAGGUUGCAAAAUAGACUUGGUCUUUGACUGCUUAAGGUAUACACUGACAGUUGCAUUUCCCAAGACUGAUUUUAGACAGUUUUAUGUGUUAUGUACCAAUGAUGUGUAAAAUAAAGCACCUUUUCUAUUAUAACCAAU